AGGAUGCUGGAUUUAAGGAUGGAGAAGAGGUAUCUCUAGAGACAUUGAAGGAGAAGGUGGUGAUUAAUCCAUCUGGAGAUAGGAGACUUCCUUUGAAGAUUCUGGGAGAAGGAGAACUAAGCAAGAAGCUGACCCUAAAAGCUCGAGCAUUUUCAACAUCAGCAAAGGAGAAGCUGGAGACUGUUGGCUGCUCACUCACUGUUCUUCCCGGCCGUAAGAAGUGGGUCAAGCCAUCAGUUGCUAAAAACCUUGCCCGGGCUGAAGAAUACUUCGCCAAGAAACGAGCUGCUUCUGCUUGCUGCUGCUUCUGA